GAAAGUUAUAUAUACCCAGCACGACGUCCACGACCGCGUCAGUACAGCGAGUGCCACGUUUCAGCACCCGCAUCACCGUCCCACACGUAGUGUCACCGCCAUGGCGUUCUCCGUAGUUGUCUGCAAGUGGGGUCUCCUCGCGGUUCUCUUGUCGUCCAGCAGCGUCACCGGGUUCGCGGAUCUCGCGGCCGUCGAUCCUUUGCCGUCGACCUCCCGAGCCCUAUGCACCUCCACCGACAGCCCGGGCGUGUGCCUGUUCAAAGGUCUGCUGAAGAACGCUCUGUUCUAUGUGAGUCGCAGGUACGCCGCUGCCGCGCACCCCUCCAACACCUCGGGAAAGGUCGGAACCGAAUCCACCACCGGUCCCGACGACGUCGCGCUUCCCGAGUCCAAGGGUAUCGAGGCCUAUUUGUUCGAACAGUUCCAAAACUUAAUCGGAAUGUUCUCGUUUGAUUUCGAAUUGCCUACCGAUGUCACCGCGCCCUGGACGCUGCUCAAGUCGUCGUUCUUAAAUGGAAGGGGUAAGAAGAACAAAAACCUUGGACCUAUGCUAGCCGCCGGGGUAGCCAUGAUGGCCGGCACCCUGCUGCCACUGGCGUUCGGCGCGCUUUUCAUGUUGGCCGGAAAAGCAAUCAUGACCAGCUUGAUAGCAAUCACCAUUUCCGGCCUACUUGGCCUGAAGAUGUUGUUCACCAAGCAUGAGGAUUCGGGCCACAUGAAAGCGUAUUCAGCGUCACCGGCUUACUACUCGGCGCCACCGACUCACUACUCGGAGUCCCUGUACGAACAGGAUUUGAGCACAUACAAGGGGCAGACCGAAGCCAAGAUGCACAAUUACUACUCGGGUGAGGCAACGGGGACGUAUUACAAGGGCGAGCAACCGAUGAGCAAUGGGUCCAACCCGCCGGAGUACUACGCGUCCGGCACCGGCGUCAGUCCAAAGUUCAACGCCGUCAACCACAACAACGACAACAUGCACGUGGUUAACAAUAAAAUAGUGGCGGAGAAAAACGAGUAGUGGAGUCAGGGGCAGGGGUUUCGAAGGUUCCGAAGCUUCACGUGCUAUUAGGGGUGAUUGGGGUUGGCAGAACGGGGUACGGUUUUUUUAUGUGCGGACACUUGUUUAGUGGCCGUCUCAACUUAUCAAGUGUAUAGUUACGAUUGUACAUUGUGCGUUACACUGUUUUAAAGUUUUGCUAGAACGGCGUAGGACCAGUAUUUAUUAAAAAAUCGUAUAUUUAUUGCCGUAUAACUGUUUAAUAAUCCGUGUGUUUUAAUAAUUUAUUUGUACAAUUAUAAUGUUUAUUUAUUUGUAAAAUUAGCGUAACUCAUUAAGCUAUUGUAAUAACCCAUGUGGUUUAAUA